AUGGGAUCUGAAAUGAAUUUAAUAGGACAUCCCCAGUUAGCUGCUGCUGAUGGAUUUUCUCUUGCGGAAGGUCCUCAUUUAUUUGGUGUCCUUUCAGAGCCAAUGAAUUCUCCAGUGCAAGAGGCAGAUGUGUCACCUUACACACAGUACAACAGUGUGCCAUUUCCCCAAGUUCAGCCUCAGAUUUCUUCACCACCUUAUUACUCCAACCCCCUAGGCUUCUACCCCGCACAGCAUGAGGAAUGGUAUUCCCCUGGGAUGUACGAGCUCAGGAGAAUACCCUCAGAGACUUUUUUCACAAGGGAGACAGAGAUCAUGGAUAUCCCUGCAGCCAAAAAACCCAGACUGGGCCACUCCACAGGACGAGUGAAAGGAGAAGAACUCUGUGUGGUCUGUGGUGACAAGGCCUCUGGGUACCACUACAACGCUCUCACUUGUGAAGGAUGCAAAGGGUUCUUCAGAAGGAGCAUCACAAAAAAUGCGGUAUACAAGUGUAAAAAUGGAGGCAACUGCGAGAUGGACAUGUACAUGAGGAGAAAAUGCCAGGAGUGCCGCCUAAGGAAGUGCAAGCAAAUGGGCAUGUUGGCUGAAUGUACGUAUGCAGGUUUAUUAACAGAAAUACAAUGCAAGUCAAAAAGGCUACGGAAAAAUGUGAAGCAGCCUCCAGAUCAGACAGUCAAUGAAGAUAAUGAAGGCCACGACAUGAAACAAGUUACAUCUACAACUAAAAUAUAUAGGGAGAAAGUAGAAUUUACCCCAGAACAGCAAAACCUUCUUGAUUACAUCAUGGAUUCCUACAGUAAACAACAAAUACCACAAGAGGUAUCAAAAAAAUUAUUACAUGAGGAAUUCAGUGCUGAAGGAAAUUUUCUGAUCUUAACAGAAAUGGCUACCAGUCAUGUUCAGGUCCUUGUGGAAUUCACUAAAAGAUUACCAGGCUUCCAAACCCUUGAUCAUGAAGAUCAGAUUGCUUUGCUGAAGGGCUCAGCAGUAGAAGCUAUGUUCCUCCGUUCAGCUGAGAUCUUCAGUAAGAAACUUCCUACAGGACAUACUGACCUUUUAGAAGAAAGAAUUCGCAAUAGUGGUAUCUCAGAUGAAUUCAUAACUCCCAUGUUUAAUUUUUAUAAAAGCAUUGGAGAGCUGAAGAUGACACAGGAAGAAUAUGCUCUGCUCACAGCAAUAGUUAUCCUGUCCCCAGAUCGACAAUACGUAAAGGACAGAGAAUCUGUGGAAAGGCUUCAAGAACCCCUCCUGGAUGUUCUACAGAAAUUCUGCAAACUUCACCACCCGGAUAACCCUCAACACUUUGCAUGUUUACUGGGUCGUCUUACAGAAUUGCGGACAUUUAACCACCAUCACGCAGAGAUGCUGAUGUCAUGGAGAGUGAAUGAUCAUAAAUUCACACCUCUUCUCUGUGAGAUCUGGGAUGUGCAGUGA